ACUGUUAAAUCCCAUUUGACUGCACUGUAAUCACUCCAUUGGGCAGUGCAACCGAACUACUCCUCACAUAUUUUAGGCCUGUUUUGUUGCAACUGGCAUUAUAUAAGCACUAUGCUUGUCACCACCGGGGGCAUUAGCCAUCCAGUCAGUCCUCUCCCUCUCCUUCCCCUAGCAAGCUCACACACACCCAAUAGCACAGGCCGGCCACGCACAAGCAGAGAGAAAUGGGAAACAUGCUGCCAUGCUUGGUCCAACAAGGCACAACAGCUCUGCCGGCCAUGAACCCCAAGCAGAGGUUCAUCUCCCUCAAGCUCCUCGUGAAGGCCCUCCACAAGAUGAAGAAGAGGCCCGGUAGCAGCAACAAGGCCAAGAUAGAUGGCAAAUCAUCUUUUGGUUCUUCAUCGGCACCAUCAUCGGCUGCGGCAGCUGCAGAAGGAAAAGGAGGAGGAGAGCUGGAAGUGAAAAGCAAGGCCAACUCCAACCCCAAGAGUGCCGUGAUGAGUUCAAGACUCCAUGGCCGGAGCGGCCACAAGAAGGGCGUGGUCAGAGUGAAGGUGGUCCUGACCAAGGAGGAGGCCGCGCGGCUGCUGUCGCUGACCGUCAGGGGGCAGAAGACGGCCGCGCAGAUUGUGGCCGAGAUCAAGAGGAUGGAGGCCCGCCGCGCCAAUACCGCCGCGUCAGCGUGGCGCCCGGCGCUGGAGAGCAUCCCCGAGGAGUCGUAGGAAUUGAAGGGUCUUAUUGCUCCAUAUAUAUAGAGAGAGAGAGAGACUUGGGUUGAGAGGCGAGUCGACGACGACGUACGCUCCCCCUCCCAUGCAUGCGCCCGGCCGGCGUCGGCUGAUGCCUGAUCCACGCCGUGCCGGUGUACAGCUUCCCUUUUUUGAAGCUUCUCUUAUGUUGUCAGAUCUCCCUGUUAUUCCUCUCAGCAGUUGUAGUCACCAGCAAGUGAAAGAAAUGGAAUGAAAUUCUGCUCUUUUAUCUUGAAAUGCUUGUGCUGGCCGGAUGUAUACCGUUCUCCAGCAAAUGAACUGCAUUUUCUCCCUCUGUUAAA